ACACCGAGCGAAGGUGCGAGCAAGAGAGAAACAUUCGUAGGGCAGCAUGGAGGUUACGGCAUGUUAGCUGAAAAACUGAUACUUUUAUGGAAAAAUGAUGAUUUCGUGUAAAAAUUUAAUCGUAUUUCGGCACCUGCCGGUGGUGCGCAGCUGCCUGGCGUCCACCGCGUACUCCGCGCCCAGUGCCAUCGCCCAACGAAGCCUCUCCAGCGCUUGGAGCCCACCGCGGAGCAAAAAUCCGCCACAAACCCGGCACCUGCACACCACGCGCAAUCUCCUGGCCAAGGACUACUACACGACACUGGGCGUCGCCAAGAACGCCAACAGCAAAGACAUCAAGAAGGCCUACUACCAACUGGCCAAGAAGUACCACCCGGACACCAACAAAGAGGACCCGGAUGCAGGCCGCAAGUUCCAGGAGGUCUCGGAGGCCUACGAAGUGCUCAGCGAUGAGCAGAAGCGCCGUGAGUACGACACCUACGGUCAGACGGCGGAGAACAUGGGUCGCCAGGGCGGCGGAUUCCCCGGAGGAGGCGCCGGAGGCUUUGGACCCGAAGGCUUCUCCCAAAACUGGCAGUUCCGCUCGACCAUCGAUCCGGAGGAGCUGUUCCGCAAGAUCUUCGGCGAGGGCAACUUCCGCACGAACAGCUUCGACGACUUCGCCGACUCCAAGUUCGGUUUCGGCCAGGCCCAGGAGAUGGUGAUGGACCUGACCUUCGCCCAGGCUGCACGCGGCGUCAACAAAGAUGUCAAUGUCAAUGUGGUGGACCAGUGCCCCAAGUGCGCCGGCUCCAAGUGCGAGCCGGGCACCAAACCGGGUCGCUGUCAGUACUGCAAUGGCACAGGAUUCGAGACCGUCUCGACGGGACCCUUUGUGAUGCGCUCCACCUGCCGCUACUGCCAGGGCACCCGGCAGCACAUCAAGUAUCCGUGCAGCGAGUGCGAGGGCAAGGGACGUACGGUCCAGCGGCGGAAGGUGACCGUUCCGGUGCCAGCCGGCAUCGAGAACGGACAAACGGUGCGCAUGCAGGUGGGCAGCAAGGAGCUGUUCGUCACCUUCCGCGUGGAGCGGAGCGACUAUUUCCGCCGCGAGGGCGCCGAUGUGCACACGGAUGCGGCCAUUUCGCUGGCACAAGCGGUGCUCGGCGGCACUGUGCGCGUCCAGGGCGUCUACGAGGACCAGUGGAUCAACGUGGAGCCUGGCACCUCGUCACAUCACAAAAUAAUGCUGCGCGGCAAGGGCCUGAAGAGAGUAAAUGCUCACGGACACGGCGAUCACUACGUGCACGUCAAGAUCACGGUGCCAUCGGGAAGAAAACUGGACAAGGAGCGACUGGCUCUGAUCGAGGCGUACGCCGAGCUGGAGGAGGACACUCCUGGCCAGAUCCAUGGAAUCACGAAUCGCAAAGAUGGCAGUAAGAAAGCAACCGCAGGAGCGAGUGAGGGUCAAGGAGGAGCCGCAGCAGCAGCAGGAGGAGCUGGAGCCAGUUCGGUAUCCACCAAGCCAGGAGAAGGACCAGCAGACACAGAAGCCAAAGGCCAGCGGACGGACCAAGAGGAAGCCAAAGCGAAAGAAGGCGGCGGAUCCGGAUCCGGACAAGGCGACGGCGGAGGCUUCAUAAACAAAAUCAAGUCCAUGUUCAACUGACAGUCGUUGGCAACUCGAUGGCCGAUUCUGUUUGUUAGUGUCUAAGUUAACGCACGUUAUUGUUGCUAAUCUAAGUUCGGGGCGGGAACCGAGGGAGAGUAUUCCAAAUGCGAGUCGGUUCGAGAUGAAUAAACCAAAUUGACCGUCAUUCGAGCAA